CUUAAACUGCAUAAAUACCUCGAAAUUGACUCUCUCUUUCUCUCUCUUUCUCUCUCUUAGCAGUCUAUUAAAUCAGGUAUUAGCAUAUGGGUUCUAGAUCAGUCGAGGAUAUGAUAGAGGCAUCUUCUGGGGUCCACUUUUCUGGGUUCCAUAUGGAAGGUUUGAAGUCGAGAAAUAUUGAUAAGCCUACAACCUCAGCGGGUGCUGAAAGUGUGCAUAAACAACCUUUUGUUAUUGGAGUUGCUGGAGGAGCAGCAUCUGGUAAGACUACAGUCUGCGAUAUGAUUAUUCAGCAACUUCAUGAUCAGCGUGUAGUAUUAGUUAAUCAGGAUUCCUUUUAUCACAAUCUGACCGAAGAGGAACUUGCUAGGGUUCAUGAAUACAACUUUGACCAUCCUGAUGCAUUUGACACAGAGAAAUUAUUAGAUUCUAUGGAGAACUUGAGGCAUGACCGAGCAGUAGAUAUUCCAAACUAUGAUUUCAAGAGUUAUAAAAGUAAUAUUUUUGCUUCUAGAAGGGUUAAUCCUUCAGAUGUUAUAAUUUUGGAAGGGAUUCUCAUUUUUCAUGAUCCUCGGGUCAGAGAGUUGAUGAACAUGAAAAUAUUUGUUGAUUCAGAUGCUGAUGUACGUCUGGCGAGAAGAAUAAGGCGGGAUACUGUUGAGAUGGGCAGAGAUAUUGGUGCCGUCCUUGAUCAGUAUUCAAAAUUUGUGAAGCCUGCUUUCGAUGACUUUAUACUUCCAACAAAAAAGUACGCAGAUAUUAUCAUUCCUCGUGGGGGAGAUAAUCAUGUAGCAAUUGAUUUGAUUGUGCAACAUAUAAGGACAAAGCUUGGCCAGCAUGAACUCUGUAAAAUUUACCCAAACUUAUAUGUCAUUCUGUCAACUUUUCAGAUACGUGGCAUGCAUACCCUCAUUCGUGAUGCUCAUACAACAAAACAUGACUUCGUUUUUUACGCUGAUCGGUUGAUUCGUCUGGUUGUUGAACAUGGGCUGGGGCAUCUGCCUUUUACAGAAAAGCAAGUGAUCACUCCAACUGGGUCUGUAUAUACAGGUGUGGAUUUCUGUAAAAGGUUAUGUGGUGUUUCUGUUAUUAGGAGUGGUGAGAGUAUGGAGAACGCUUUGCGAGCAUGCUGCAAAGGUAUAAAGAUUGGCAAGAUACUCAUUCACAGGGAAGGUGACAAUGGUCAGCAGCUUAUUUAUGAAAAAUUACCGCAAGACAUCUCAGAGAGGCAUGUUUUGCUACUGGAUCCUAUCCUAGGCACAGGCAAUUCAGCUGUUCAAGCUAUUUCGUUACUCAUAAAAAAGGGUGUACCCGAGUCCAACAUCAUAUUUCUUAAUCUCAUAUCUGCACCUCAGGGUGUACAUGUAGUGUGCAAAAGCUUCCCAAGAAUAAAGAUUGUGACAUCUGAGAUUGAUAUCGGUUUAAACGAAGAUUUCCGUGUUGUCCCUGGUAUGGGUGAGUUUGGUGACCGAUAUUUUGGGACGGAUGAUGAUGAUGAUAACCAGCAAGUGGCAGCCUCAACGCAAUUGUCCGGUCAGAGCAGCUGAACUUUCAAAACCCGGUCCCAUGUUGAAUUAUCAUCAUCACUAUUGUUUGCCUUAUUCCCACCCAAAAAAAAAAUCUUUGGAGUCGCGCACUGAGGCUGCCAUUUGCAUAAUCUCUAUCAUCUGAUGAUAUUACUUGAAAAGGGUGGACUCCCAUAGAAAACUAGAGGCCAGAGGGGCCUGGGGAGU